AUGUGCAGAAAAACUCUCAUCCACUACACUAGUUGUGGUUGUCAGAUUAUGGUCGAAACUAUAUGUUUUGAUUAUAUUCAACAUACUAUUAAGCAGAAAGAUAGAUUUCCCUGUGUUAAGAUGAUGUCGGAUACUUAUGUGUUGAAAACAAUCAACAAGAACUGCUUCCUCAAACCAGGUCAACUACUCGAUGAUGGUCGCAUCUUUCGUCAUGGUUCCUACCGCACACGUCUUAUCUAUGAAUUUGAGCGCGAUCCCAACGGUACCAGGAGACUAUGGGAAAAAUGGCGGAGCGAUAAUCAUGACAAGCCUCGUGAGAGAACUGAAAGCAUGGAUGUCAAUAUUAGUGCUGGCGAAGAUAAGAUGAAAAUUGAAGCUGAUGGAGCUGAUGUUGAUGUUGAUGAUAGUCACAAGGAACGAGAACCGAAGAUUAGAGAGUGGCAAGAGAAAACUAAGAAUGAGAAACAGCCGAGAUUUAAGAUGGAGAAACAGAUCAAGAAAAGACAACCGGCAGGGAAAAGAAAGAUUGUUAAUCAUUUUGUUGACGAUCUAUCUGAUCCACGUAGCGACGAUGAGAUAAUUGAUGAUGACUGGAAGCUAGAACCUAAAGUGAAGAUCGAACCCGGUGACACAGUUCCCUGGUCCACAACCCCUUCUCGCUCUUUCUCCGACCCAACAGUUGCGGAUCCCAAUAACACAGCCCAAGAAAUGGGUAUCAACACCCCAGACAAUAGAGGUCUAUUCCAAGGCUACAGGGCCAACGCCCUAGGCGCCACCGAUACCUACCACAUGCCUCCUACAACGCCCCACUCACGCUUCAACUUCAAUCCACCCGCCACCGGCACGCACACCAGAUACACGAAAACGAACGCGACUAACAAACCACCGAAACGCAAUCCCUCCAAUUCCACAUACACAGACCAAACCAUGAAUCUCGGAUCUCCCAAGGCCAAGCCCAAGACUCGAGCUCAGACACUAGCUCAAUCCGAAAUGCAAAUCUCGAGCCCUGAAUGCGCAAAUCGAUCUACGUAUAAUGCUAUGUCUAUUAAUCAUGAUAUGCAUUCUAGUUUCUGGGCUGGCCAUAUGAGUUCUUCUUUCGAGAUUUCGAAUGAAGAUGCAGAUGCAGAUGCAGAUAUAGAGAUUGAUAAUCCACCGCCAUAUUCCGCGCAAGCUCUAUCUAUUCUUCCAGCUUAUCAAACAGCUACAGAUACGGAUACGGAUGCCAUUGGAAAUACAGAAGCAAAUGCAAAUACAGAUACAAAAAGCCCCAACGGACCAUCCAGUCCCGGAGACCCAUGUAUAAGCGAUAUAAGUUCCGCAAGUGGAUUUAUCGGAUAUAAUUCCACAUAUGGAGAAAAUCAGGGAGUUUUUGGUAUUUAUGCUAGUGGGGAGGGUGAUCAGAGGGAGAGAAAGAAGGUGCGGGUUCGGGAGACUGAGGUUGAGAAUGAGACUGGAGAUGUGGAUAGUGCUGAGGACGAUGUGAAGAUGGGUGGGGAAUGA